GCGGCGUGGAGCGUGUUCUUGUGCGGCGCUGGUUCUCCAGAGGGCCUCGUCGGGCUCCAGCGCCUCGCCGAAGCUCUCUGCCCGUCGCCGUCUGUGACCUCCCGAUGGCCAAGUCGCUUCCCAGAGGCUCCCCAUGGAUCGGCCACGUAAGUCUGCAGGCGCCAGCUGCCUCACUGCAAGAGCCGCGCGCCGCCGCAAUGAAGGGCGCCCUGGUGCUCCUCCUGGCCCUGCAGCUCGGCGACGCCGGUCGCGUGCUGAGGAGCCAGGGCGUGCAGGCCUCGGGCAACGCCACGGUGACGUGGAGGACGCAGAUGCCAUGACUGGGGGCGUGGAGGCCGAUGCGAGGGCGGACCUCGACGACGUGCUGGCCAUCCGCCAGGCGUCGGGCCUCGAGAGCCACCGGGCGCGGGCAGCCCGCGAGCGGGCGGGUGAGGACGAACAGGAUGGUCGGGCGAUCGCCAGGGCCGAGAAGCUAUGGUCCGAGGCUGCAGACGCCCAGGGGGAGCGGGAGCUGAAGGACCCCAAGGACCGCGACGCGCUUGUCAGGGCCGUGGCGCUGGAGGCAAAAGAGGAGGACCAGGACGCCGCCCAGAUUCAGCUUCUCGCGUCUAAGGAGAAGGCCGACAGCGACGCCACCGAGAUGCGGGCGUUGAGCAUGGGCGCGGACGCCGAAGAGCUAGAGCACGUGGCGAUGGCCAACUGGAGCAGGCGGGCGCGGACGCAAGCGCCCUUCGCGCCGCGGCCGCCAAUGAGGCUGGCGCGAAGAGGGCCUAGGCAGGGCGACGCGGCUGGGAGCUGUGAGCUGUGCGUCCGCGCACCUCACAAACAAUACAGCGGUCGCCGCACUCGAACGACGAAGGCACGAGGAGUUAUGUAG